GUGAUUGAGUUCGAGGAUCAUUCGUGGACUUAAACUUGAUUACAAUACAGCUGAGAUGAUUCUCGAAACUUUUAACUGAAAGCUCAUUUCAAUAACAGCUUUUAGAACUGUAGUCAAGGAUUCACAACAUCUAACAAACAUGUUCGACUUUCUCAAGAAAUAGUGAUGUUGAAGAAGAAGUAAAACCUGAAAAACUUUUGCGGCGCAACUGUGUUAGCGGGUUUCCUCUCGGGGAUUGAACAAACUAUCAGCACAGACGGCUAAAACGAUAUCGACCUACCGACGACCGUUUAACUGUAUUGUAAUGAAAUUUAAAAAAAAACUGUACGACAUAAGUAAGGGAAUAAAUUAAAGAAACACGAAAGUUUUUAUGAGAAUAUCUUAAUAAUAUUGUGUGGAUAUAUUUGUACCAUAAAUCUUUUAAAAUCUAAUCAAACUUAAAAAUAGUGAUGCAUCGACCUAGUCCGACCGUUGAACUCCACGGAAUCCCUUGUCGGCGUAAAUCAAGCUGGAGUAGUUGUUCAACUGCUUGACUCGCAGUUUAGACCAGAUCAGGAAAUUGUUCAAUCCGAGAAUUUGAGCGGCGUUCAAGGCGGCCGCUUCCGGAUAGAGCACGGUGGCACAACCCAACCCGGACGGCACAUUCAAGCUAGACCACACGUCCUGGUUGACAUUUUCCGGCUUUACCGGUGGGCAGUUGAUAACCGGAUAGUUGGUAUUUCCGGACAGAACCGGUCCCAAUCCAUUAGAACGUCCGGCAACGGUGAUAAAUACCAAAUUGCUCAGAACGCUUUCAUAUUCUUGGACGAUGUGGAGAGUGGUGGUUGUUCCCUUGUGAGCAGAGGUAACCCGAAGUUCAACGUUAAGACCAAGAUCGCGACAGUUCUUGGCAAUUUUUUGACAGUGUUCUUUGUCCGAAGGGCUUCCCAUUAGGAUCACUACCAGAUGAUCGUUCUUAGGUAGGAUGUUAUCCAACUGUUCACUGACCCACAGGAAGUUGCGCUUGACUGUGUCCAAAUCGGAUGCGGUAACCGAGGCCAGGUUACGGUACACUUGCUUGUCCACCAUCAAACGCUUGUCUCCCGAUGGCCACAGACGCCAGGAGUCGGAAUCAAUGACAUCGGCCACCAGCAGCUGACCCUCGGUAUCGACUCCGAAUUCGAUCUUCAUAUCGAUCAGAGCACAGUUGCGAGUGGCCCAGGCACGUUCAAGGAUUUCGAACACCAGAAUCGACGUCUGACGCAUGAUGUCGACUUCGUCUUGUCCUGCGAGGGGAGAUCGGAGAAAACAGAAGUUCAUGUAACCAAUUGAGGAUCGGGGCUCUCCAUUGCCGCAUCUGAUAAGACUCUUGGGGGGACCUGGCCCGGCAACGCGAUCCUCGGCAGCAACGAAGGCAACAUCAUUGGUUUGGGAAAAAAAUAAACAAAAUGGAUCCUCCGUCAUCAGCGGAUCAGAGUAGAGCAACGCCACGCAGUUCGUCACCAUCGCCAUAUCAACUGAACGGUAUCACAGACAGCUGCAUUGACCAAUCGGAGGACGCACUCAACCUAGAACAAACGACCGGGGAGCCCGAGAUGCUCAAUACCAAUGCAUUCACGGUUCCGCGCAUUACCAUUGACCAUACUGACAGUGAAACGGCAAUGGCCGCAAACGAAGAUAAGUUUCAGAUCAAGGGUAAACGGCUUGGGCGUGGAGCUGUGCAGAGUGGUCUGACACAUGAGUGUGGAGUCUUCGGGGCGAUCGCGACCGGAGAAUGGCCUACUCAGAUCGAUAUUGCGCAGGUCAUCUGUCUGGGCCUGGUGGCACUGCAACACCGGGGCCAAGAAUCGGCUGGUAUCGUUACCAGCGAAGGGAAAUGCGCCAAAAACUUUAACGUCCACAAAGGCAUGGGCAUGAUCAACAACAUAUUUACGGAUGACUCGAUGAAGAAGCUGAAGGGAAACCUGGGUAUCGGUCACACAAGAUACUCGACUUCGGCAGCUUCGGAAGAGGUGAAUUGUCAACCAUUCGUAGUACACACAGCUCAUGGAAUACUCGCAGUAGCACACAAUGGAGAAUUGGUAAACUGUGAGAGCCUCAGGAAAGAUGUACUUUCACGAGGCGUCGGAUUAUCCACCCACAGUGAUUCGGAGCUGAUCACACAGGCUCUCUGCCUGAACCCCCCAGAAGGAGAAGAUGAUGGCCCUGAUUGGCCGGCCCGUAUUAAGCAUCUGAUGCAGCUUGCUCCGCUAUCCUACUCACUAGUGAUUAUGUUGAAAGACAAGAUCUAUGGAGUACGAGAUCCCUAUGGCAAUAGACCCCUGUGUAUUGGAAAGAUUGUCCCUCUGACCAUCGGCUCUUAUAGAAAUGAAAAAGUCGACAAACUGGCAGCCGAAGGUUGGGUCAUAUCCAGUGAAAGCUGUGGAUUUCUGUCGAUCGGGGCUCGCUACGUCCGCGAGGUUCUGCCAGGAGAAAUCGUUGAACUCACCCGGGACGGUAUCAAAACAAUCGACGUUGUCGAAUGUCCCGAGAGCCGGCGGCAUGCGUUCUGCAUCUUCGAGUACGUUUACUUUGCCCGAUCGGACUCGAUCUUCGAAGGCCAGAUGGUUUAUUCGGUGCGGCUGCAGUGCGGUCGUCAGCUAGCGCGGGAGGCCUUCGUCGAUGCAGAUAUCGUGAGCUCGGUGCCGGAAUCGGGAACAGCGGCAGCCCACGGUUACGCUAGGGAGCUUGAUAAUCGUUUCGUUUCUUCCGGGGGAAAACAGACUGGUCUCCACUUUGCGGAGGUGCUGUGCAAAAAUCGAUACGUGGGACGUACCUUCAUCCAGCCAAGUACCCGUUUGCGGCAGCUCGGGGUGGCCAAAAAGUUUGGAGCUCUCUCGGAGAACGUAUCCGGAAAACGAGUGGUACUGAUCGAUGACUCGAUCGUGCGGGGCAAUACCAUCGGACCGAUCAUUAAACUUUUGCGUGAUGCUGGCGCCCUGGAGGUGCACAUCCGCAUUGCCAGUCCGCCCCUGCUGUAUCCCUGCUACAUGGGUAUCAACAUUCCGACACGUGAGGAACUCAUCGGCAACAAGCUGAACCCGGAUGAGUUGGCCAAGUACGUGGGUGCCGACAGUUUAGCCUACCUGAGCGUAGAUGGACUAAAAAAGGCGGUUCAGUUGAAUAUGGUUAAAAGCAAUCCCGAGAAGGUCGGCCACUGCACGGCCUGUUUAACUGGCGAUUAUCCGGGUGGAUUGCCUGAUGAAUUGGAAUGGUGAAUGGGGGUUGACUUAGUUUUCGAGAGCAUCAUAUCUGAGUGUUAAGAUAGAAGUAAAAACAUUUUUUUCAAUGCAUACAAUAUUACUUCAACAAAUGCGAGGGUAGAUUGUGUAUUGGUAGUAAUUAUACAUUAUACAAAAUAUAAAAUGUGCGAUCUGAGAUCAACAAUGACAAACAUUAAGUUAAUUUACAAAAUAAAAGUUAUAAACCGCAA